UACCCCUUCCCACAACGCAUUGCGGUUCUGAAUCGCGAUAAACCUUAUUGGAUGAAAUGAAUUCAUUGAAUUCAUCAUCAACCAUGAAGACCACUGUGGCGCCGCUCACACCGUCAAAUCCCAAUGAACAACAUCCUUGGCAGAUUGGCCUCCAAGUCUUUACUGCUAUCAUUAUGUGGCUAAUGGCCGUCUUUGGUAACUGUCUUGUCAUUCUCGUAGUAAAGAGAAGCAGACGGUUACAAAGUACUACAAAUUAUUUCGUAGUAUCAUUGGCUCUUGCCGACCUCUUGAUGGCGCUCUUCUGCAUGCCAUUGGUCCUAAUACGAAUAACCACCCAAACUUGGUUGUUCGGUAACUUUGUAUGUAAAGUGGUGCGGUUUGUGCAAUACAUGGCUCCCAGUGUGACUGUGUUCGUACUGGUUGGAAUCUCCGUGGACCGUUUCUUUACCAUCUUAUACCCACUCAGCUUCAAGAUCACUCGCGGGAAAGCCAAAAAGAUGAUUGUUAUGAGUUGGUUUGUGGCGAUCAUUUUAUCAUGCCCUGCCUUUUACUUUUUUGAAGUCGCAAUAUCCAAUGGUUCGGACAGCCAGCCAUUCUGCGACACAUUUAUCUCCUACUCAACGGAAGGCAUAUUCUACUCUGCACUCGUUGUGUUUGUCGAAUACUUGCUACCCUUAAUUGUAGUCUCUGUGGUGUACACAAGGAUUAUUCGACACAUUUGGAGAGUAGGAAUUGGAGCGGGUCGAACACUCCAUAGGACCACCAACGCUGUGCCACGCACUAAAGUAAAGACAGUCAAAAUGUUAAUGAUAGUAUCAACCGUUUACUUCAUAUCAUGGGGACCUUUCUUUGUCCUCCAGCUUUGGUUUGCAGCUAGUGCAGAUAUUACUCCAAUACCCAAGAUUUAUAUAGCUACUGUGUGGAUAGCCUUUGGAUCUAGUGCCUCUAAUCCAAUCAUCUACAGUUGCUACAACCCAAACUUCCGUCGAGGAUGCCGAGAAGUUUUCUGUAUGUCAACUAUGAAGUGUUACCGUAGCAACACAUACGCAAUAACUACAUCAUCCCGGUUCGCUAAAAAGAAUCACGUGGGCAUGGCGCCCAUGUCUAGUUACCCCGGAGAACGCAGGCGCCCUCCAUCGCCUUAUAAGACAUUUGAUAGAGAUAUGAAUGGAGACAAAAAGAUGGCUUGGCCUCUACCGACUGUUGGCCAGUCUACUUACUUAUGAUUGUUUGGGUUAUGUCAGACGCUGCUUGGACUGAAUGUAGAAACACAAGUACCAACAUUAAUGUUGUAAACUACAGGAACAGGGAUUACAAUAAUCAGACAAUUACUAUAAUCUUUACAAAACAAUCUUAAUAGUUUUUUCUUUAAUAAAAAUGGAUGAUUCCGUUAUAAUGUUAGUGCAAGCAAGAGACUCAUGCUAUGCACGUGGAGUCUCCUUGCUUAUAUGGGUACAGCCGGAACAAUCGUUCGAAUGAACGCGCCGUUAAUCAUGACACACGUUGUUUGUUUCGCCACUUUCUUAAGAUGCAAUGACAUAGGGGAGACAAAAACAUUGACACCCUAAAUUAGACAAAUCCAAAACUCAAGGGGGGGGGGUCCCAGGGUGCUUUUUAUUGGCAAAAUAAUGUUGUUCAUAUAGUUUGGUUUAGUCCAUAUAUCAUCCAAGACCAAACCAUCUGAUUAAAGUGGAGCCAUCUGCCCGUGUCUCAAGUUAAAACAUUACACGCUUUAUUAGAAGUAAAAAGAACUGAGAAUUGCAGAUGAGUUAUUUUUAGUAUAACAAUAAUAUAUUGGAAGUGGGGGUAAAUAUUUAAACCAUCAGACCUUGAGGAAAAGACUGGAGUAAGAAGAAUGGUCUAAAAUCAGACAGAUUCUACCAUUGUUUAUAUAAUUGACACAUUCUGUACGAAUGCUCAAGUAGUUUACCGGUACAACAUAAUGACGGAGGUCACUUGGAACCCUUGGGCCAAAGCGCCCUUAGUGGUUGUUCACAGGACAAACCUGUGUAAAUCGUGCCUUUCGAUUGUUUCGUCAUCGUUUUACCUCAUGUGGCUGGUUGAUAUCAUUGCAAAAGGUCCAUUAAAGGCAGUAGACACUAUUGGUAGUUACUCAAAAUAACUAUUAGCAUAAAACCUUACUUGGUAACGAGUAAU